AUGUCCGAAUUUCUCGGGUUCGUUUCGACGCCCAAUGGCUCCUUCUGUUCCAGAAUAUCUCUCAUAUCGCGGAGCGACAUUCGUUAUGUCGGCAUCCUGCAUAGCAUCAACUCGGAUGACUCGACCGUGUCCCUCGAGAAUGUGAGGUCGUUCGGCACCGAAGAUCGGAAAUCGGACCCAGAUGAAUUUGUCCCGCCGUCCGAGCAGCUUUAUGAGUACAUCGUUUUCCGUGGCACAGAUGUCAAGGACUUGAGGAUCGAAGAGGCACCUGCGGCGGUCAAGGAGCCCGAACCGCCGGCUAUGCCCAACGAUCCUGCUAUUGUUGGUGCUCGCCCACAGCCCAGGAAUGCCGCUCCUGGGCCCCCGGUUCCUCCUGGGCCCCAAGGACCCCAAGGACCCCAGGGACCGCAGGGACCUAUGGCUCAUCCAGGUCUACAGAAUCAGCAGGGUCCGCCACCCGGUGCGCCAGGCUUUGGCUAUUUCCCACCGCACAUGGGAGGCUGGGGCCGUGGCGGUGCCCCCGGUCCUGUGCCAUUCGGUGGCAUGCCAUAUCCGCCUCCGGGGUGGUUUCCUCCGGGACAAGAAUUCCCACCCAUGGGUCAUGGUCCGUGGAAUCCUUAUCCGUUCCAGCCUGGCCCUGGGGCUCCUCCCGGAGCCCCUGGCGCUCCCGGCGCUCCUGGACAAGGUCGACAAACUGCAAAUCGUACGCCUGGUACACAAGGGCCUCAGCAAAAGCCGGCUCCAAUUGGGCCUGCUGCCGACAGGAAACCCGCGACCCCUUCUCAGCAAGCCAGGCCCACUUCUGAGCCGAGGGCCGUAGGCCAGCCGCCCAAGCAACAGGUGGCUACAGGUGCGCCUACGCCGCCGGUGGAAUCGAAACCUAGUGUGGAGGAAGUGAAGGCAACCGCAGCGUCUCUGGCUAACCAGUCUCCCGCAACGGCGGCAGGCGAGCCAGCUAAGGCCAUUCCCACGGGACCGAAGAGCAACCGACCCACUCAGAUCCUGCCGGCAGUUCCUCUGCCCGCUGCACUCACUGCCAAAGCCGCUCAGGCGACCCAGGCUGCCCAGAAGUCAGUUACUGAGCAACCCAGUGGUGCUGCGGCUGCAGCAGCUUUGAAAAGUGCCACACAGGCUGCUAAGGAGGCCGUGGCAGUUGCUAUGGCGAAGCUCGAUACUUCGGCUACCUUGCAACAGGCGCAAGCGAAUGGCAUGGACAACCUGGCCAAGAAGGUGCAGGAAAUGAGAGUCAAUGCCGCUCGUACAGGCCACGGCAACAGGGGUGAUAGGGCUGAUAGGGCUGAUAGGGGUGGUCGUGGUCGUGGCGGUCCUCGUCCUGCGAAGGUUGACGUUCCGGACGCGGACUUUGACUUUGCUUCGGCGAACGCGAAGUUUAACAAGCAAGACUUGGUCAAGGAGGCCAUCGCGGGCUCGCCGCUCACUGAGAUGCCUGUCGGUAAUGUCGUCACAUCGGACGCUGCGGAGGACGCGCCUGCCCCUGUUGAACCGGCCUACAAUAAAAACAAGUCGUUCUUCGACAACAUCUCGAGGGAAGCGAAGGACAAAGAGAAUCCGGCGGAGAAACUUGGUGGCCGCCAGUGGCGCGAAGAGCAAACGCGCAAGAACAUCGAGACGUUUGGUCAAGGCAGCGUUGAUGGAGGCCACCGCGGCUAUGGUCGUGGUCGUGGCCGUGGUCGGGGUGGUCGGGGCCGCGGGUACCGUGGCGGUCGCGGCGGCGGCGGUUACCGCCCGCGCGAGGGCUCCCAGCAGGCUGCUCAGUAA